AUGUCUUACAAACUUUAUGCAGACGAAGAAUAUUCCGAUACGCGCUCAGUGCUUGCUUAUCUUACAGAUCCAAAACUUGCUCACUGGAGCAAGUCUAUCAUAGACAAUAUCGACUGGUUUUGCAUAAAACCCAACACUUUCAUGUGUCAGUUUAAUCCGGAUCGUGAUAACUGCCAAAGCUUCCUUACAGAGCAUGGAGGUCAUGUUGGGUCAUUAAUGGAUAUUUGCAGUUCUAUAGCGGUUACUACAGCAACUGAUGGACGAGCGUGGGAUAGACAUGGCAUGACGACACAUUUGUCAACUCAGUUCUACAAGCCUUUGGUGAUUAACACACCCGUAGUAAUGACUUCCAAGAUCAUCACAAUUAGCGAAACUUCUGCAAUAGUAGAAACUCGCAUUUAUAAUUUAGAUGAUCCCGAUUCACAGUAUGCAUUCGGGAUUCACAAACAUGUAUACAUUAGAAACCCCAAAUUGUAA